AUGAAGAGGAAGGACAUCAAUCGCUGGCUCGAAGAAGCUGCGUUCCAACAAAACCCGACGCCACCUUCAUCAACUCUACGAGAGGGUAUUGUUGAUGAAUUCGCUCAAGAUACGAAACGCGUGAAAAUGUCAGCUAGUGGAGCGUCCACUCCUCGAAAGCGAUCGAGGCCCGUCGACGACGUGGAGGCUUCCAGUUUGUUCAGUGGACUUACUGACCGUACACGGUUUGAUCCUUCCGCGCAGUCCUCGUCUGCACAGUCACGCCAAAGAAGUCCGGUAAGGGAACUUCUUAAUGAACUGCCCCACUCAACGCCCUCGAUUCACUGCACUCGUCCAAAGAACGUUCCUCUUCCCGAGGAUGUUAUAUUCUUGCGAAAAGCCCUGUGCCAAGGUUUUGGUUCUAAGGUGAUACCGAUCGAGCUGAAAGAACGUAUCGAGGAAGUUGAUCCCGAGGCGGCUACGGAGAUUCCAGACUUUGCAUAUGACAAUUCAAGGAACCUACAACCAAGCCAACUGGAUGCACUGUGGGCGGACGUAGACGACGUCUUCCAGGCUGCCGCAGAGUGCGAUGAACAUAGUCAAGAUGAGAAUGCAUGGUGCUCUGAAGUGGUACAACUGAUCUUGAGGAGGGGUGCAAGGCUUUGUUCAAAUUUGCAAGUGAAGAACGUGUGA